CGCUCUGGCAGGUAUGAUUAAGAAGACACACUCCUUUGGAUACAGCCCAAGACUCUCCGCAUCUUGACUCACAGCUGACUAAAGCUUGACUAAAGCUUCGGACUUUACGCAAAGAGCUCUCCGAGGUUUAUUGCUGGACAGAUUCUACCGAGCAGCACACUAACAAUGAAGCUGGAGGUGCUGUGCGGGAGUCACUAUGACAUGAAGCAUUUCGAGAUGUCCAGUGAUGCUGAGGGUCAUGGGCGAUCUCCUUUCCCUCCUGAAGAGGAGCUGGGGUCGGAUGGGGACUGCGUGGCCCACAGUCCUCCACCUGUCACCCCGUGCGGCGGCAGCGGCAAGUCCAAGCCAUACACACGUAGACCCAAGCCCCCGUUUUCAUACAUCGCUCUAAUCGCUAUGGCCAUCCGGGACUCACCCAGUGGACGUCUGACUUUGGCGGAGAUAAACGACUAUCUGAUGAAAAAGUUCCCGUUCUUCAGAGGCACUUACACCGGCUGGAGGAACUCGGUUCGUCAUAAUCUGUCUCUUAAUGAUUGUUUUCUCAAAGUGCUCCGGGACCCUUCCAGACCCUGGGGAAAGGACAAUUACUGGAUGCUCAAUCCUCACAGCGAAUACACAUUUGCUGACGGGGUAUUCCGGCGCAGAAGAAAGCGCAUUAACAAAAAAUUCAGCAGGGAACAAGAGGAGCCCGAGCACACAGAGGAGCCGCAGCUCAUUCACCAGUCUGCCCCGAGCACCAAGACUGAUUCCUGUCCCAAGUUUACCAGUUCAUUCGCUAUUGACAGCAUCCUCAGCAAGCCGUUCAAGAGAGACUUAAAUAACGAACGUUUGCCUCCCUUUCCUGCCUUCCCCUGGCCCUACUACACUGAACUAAUGACCUAUCAUUCAAACACACCGGCCUCAUAUCUAUAUGUUAAGUCACCCUGUCAUGUGGACUCCAGUGCCCAGCAUGUAUCAACCCCCUAUGGUGGUGGGUUUCUUUCAUAGACAAUUUGCAAUAUCACAAAGAAAUGUGGACUUGCUGUUCGGUGACUCAAAAUGAUCACCUUGAGUUAGUCGCUAGUUUAAUCUGACAUAACUGUGGCGGGAUGGUGGUUCCCUUUUAUUUUUGUAGUAGUUUAUCCUUAAAGCGUUUUCAAACUUGAAAUUUCACACUCUGUUAGAAAUGUUACCGAGCAGAGCAUUAACUUUAUUUCUUUAACAAACCUGUUAAAAAUAUGCACUUUGACUGUUUUUAUGUCUUUUUAUUUUGAGA